AUGGCUGCUGUAAGAGGUCAACCGCUACAAGCAUUAGGUGCUAGAGAAUUAAACGCUAGGUCAAGAAUCACAAAUCAACAGAUAACACCUUUGAAAUCAACAAGAAAGUUAGAAUCUGAAGUUGAAGUUGUCAAAGCUGAAAAAGUUGUUCCAGAUCAACCUAAAGAUAAAGCUAAAAAGAAGAAGGAAAAAUUAUCUGCUUUAUGUAAGACUCCACCAUCUUUGAUUCGUACAAGAACUGGUAAAGAUUACAAAAGAGGUCUAUUCUUAGGUGAAGGUGGUUUUGCUAGAUGUUUCCAAAUAAGAGAUGAUAGCGGUGAAGUUUAUGCCGCUAAAACUGUUGCUAAAGCUUCUAUUAAAAGUGAUAAAACCAAAACAAAACUAUUAUCAGAAAUCAAAAUCCAUAAAUCUAUGUCACAUUCAAAUAUUGUUCAAUUUGUUGAUUGUUUUGAAGAUGAUGUUAAUGUUUAUAUCCUUCUAGAAAUUUGUCCAAAUCAAUCAUUAAUGGAUUUACUGAAGAAGAGAAAAGUUCUUACUGAACCUGAAGUUAGAUAUUUCAUGACACAAGUCAUUGGUGGUAUUAGAUACAUGCAUACAAGAAGAGUUAUUCACAGAGAUUUGAAAUUAGGUAAUAUCUUUUUUGAUCCUGAAAUGAAUUUAAAAAUUGGUGAUUUCGGUCUUGCUGCUGUAUUACAUGCUGAUAAAGAUAGAAAAUACACCAUUUGUGGUACACCAAAUUAUAUUGCACCUGAAGUCUUGACAGGAAAAACCACUGGUCAUAGUUACGAAGUGGAUAUCUGGUCAAUUGGUGUUAUGCUUUAUGCUUUAUUGGUUGGAAAACCACCUUUCCAAUCUAAAGAUGUUUCUUUGAUAUAUGAAAGAAUCAAAACAAAUGAUUUCCAUUUCCCUGCAGAUAAACCAAUCUCUAAUGAAGCAAAAAUCUUAAUUCAAGAUAUUUUAUCAACUAAUCCAUUAAAGAGACCAACAUUAGAUGAGAUUCUUGAAUAUGAUUUUUUCAAAGGUCCAUUCCCUGAAAAAAUUACUGUUGAAACAUUAGUUAGUGUUCCAGAUUUCAGUCAUUUGGACAGACAUCAAUCACAAAUCAACUUUAUGAAUGCCAGAAGAAAUGCUGGUUUAAUUCAAUCAUCACAAAAAAAUCCAGUUGAAAUUCUGAGAUCAGAUUUAGAAUCUGAAAAACCAAAGACAAUUUUACCACAAUCAUUAUCACCUGGUAACACCAAGAGCAAGUAUAAAGAAGUAACUGACAUGGCUGUUCGUCCAAGAAAGAUCGAAGAGUCCUCUUCAAAAUUAGGUAAAGCUAGAAGAUUAGAUGAUGAUCGUAAAACCUAUAGAACUUCAAUUGAUGCUAUCCCAAGAUUUUCAGAUACUGUUCUUCAAAAAGAAUGUGAAGGUACAUUGACUGGUAUUUUAGCAGCAGAACGUCAAGCAAGAUCAAGAGUUCCAAAUAGAUAUUCUACCAUUCUGAAAACUCCAACUUUAAUUAGUAAGUGGGUUGAUUAUUCAAAUAAACAUGGAUUUUCCUAUCAAUUAUCUUCUGAAGAUAUUGGUGUUUUGUUCAAUGAUGGUAAUACUCUGCUACGUGUUAACCAUUCCAAUAGUUUUUGGUAUAUUAUGAAUGAUCUCACUGAUGGUUGGGUAGCACAAGAAUACAAAAUGGGUUUUAUUCCACAUGAACUUUCAAGACAGGUUGAGAUUGCUGAUUUCUUUGCCAAAUAUAUGAAGACAAAUCUAUGCAAAGUUUCUAAUGAUGAUGAUUCUUUGAUUGAAGAAACAGAGGAAAUUUUCUUAAGAAGAUACACCAGAUCAGAUUUGUAUGUCAUGUUUGAAUUGAGUAAUGGUUCAAUUCAAUUUAAUUUUAGAGAUCACCAUAAAAUGUGUGUUUCACAGGCCGGUUCUGUUAUCACAUACAUUUCACCAGAUCGUACAUCAGAAACUUGUUUAUUAUCCAACGUUUUGAGAGAUGGUUCAUUCCCAAGUGUUGCUUAUGACAUUGGUCUUGAUGAGAAACUUGCCUUAAUCAAAGAAGCUUUGAAAGGAAAAGUGAAUGCUUAA